AUGGCUCCAACAAUAAAAGAAGGAACCGUCCCAUUCGAUGUCCCAGCUGCCGGCAAGCCAUGCGAAACCUGGUACAAGAUCGUGGGUGAGCUCUCCUCCCCCCGUACUCCCCUCAUCACGAUACACGGCGGGCCGGGAAUGAGCCACGACUACAUGAUCCAACUCUCUGAACUCAAUGAACUCUAUGGCACCCCAAUCGUCUUUUACGAUCAGAUCGGCUGUGCUCGAUCUACGCAUCUUCGCGAGAAAGCCGGAGACGAGACUUUCUGGACCGAGCAGCUGUUCUACGAUGAAUUGAACAAUCUCGUCUCAAAACUAGGCUUAGUGGAGAAGGGAUACGAUGUGCUUGGUCACAGCUGGGGCGGCAUGGUAGGUUCGACGUGGGCGGGCACUAAGCCGAAAGGCCUUAGGAAAUUGAUUCUGAGCAAUAGUCCGGCGUAUAUGACCGGCUGGACGGAUGCGUAUGCGCGGUAUCUUGAAGAAUUGCAGGAGCCGGAGAAAGGCAUUAUCAAGAAGGCGGAAGAGGAGAGGAGAUUUGAUGGCGAGGAGUUGGAGGAGGCGAUGAUGGUUUUUAUGAAGAAGCAUUCUGCAAGGGUCAUGCCGCCGGAGUUUUUUAAGAGCUUUGAAUUUGCGAAGGAGGAUGAUACUGUGAGUGAUACGAUGAGCGGAAAGAGUGAGUUUGUCGUCAGAGGUGGCUUGAGGGAAUGGACCGCGGCGGAGAAGUGCAAGGGAAUUGAGGUUCCAACGUUGGUCAUUAAUGGAGUCAAUGAGGGAGCUAGUGAUGAGGCUAUCAAGCCGUUCUUGGACGGGAUCAGGGAUGUGAAAUGGGUUAAGUUCCAGAACAGCACCCAUAUGCCGUUGUACGAGGAGAAGGAGCUGUAUCUCAAGGCGGUUGGGGACUGGCUGAUGGGAAAAUAG